UUCACAUCCAUCUCAUCAACGUCGAAAUGGUUCUCAAUUCGAUGAAACUUGUAAACUCGUCUCGCUGAGGGGUUUUAGCCUUGCCUGAUGCCUGAUGCUUGAGGUGCCCAAACUUCAGCCACAAGUCACACCUACAGUCGUUCAAACCUCAGCCCUAGAUCGUCCCCUCCAACUUCCUUUUUCCCUCUCCUCUCCUCCAAAAUAAUGGGUCAAUUCGAAUCAACGCCCACGUCCCAUACAAACAGCUACUUCGUACCUACUUCCACGGGUAUCGAUCGCGUCGUCAUCACCACGGAUAUCCAGCGCUACCUUGGCCCAGAUGCAACAGUUAGAUCCGCUGAGCUGGACGGCCAGGCCGGAUACAAGGUCACGGCUUCUCUGACGCUCACGGCCCAGAUGAUCCAAGACAUGAAGGGUAAUUCGGAGUACUGGAGGCAGGAACAGCGGAGGACUGAAGGGGCGGGGUCGUACGAGAACUCGAGGACGCGUGCUGAGCAAUGGGGUCCAGAGCGGGGUCAGAGGCAUGACGGGCAACAGGAGGGGCCGGAUCAAAAUGCGCGGUAUGAAUCUGCGCGGUAUGCUUCAACGCCGUCCCCAUAUGAGACAGCGCGUUAUACUACGUCUCCAGCGACGUCUCACGGGUAUCGUCCAUCGCCGUAUGGCGGUCACGCACGACCAUGGUAUGCGUCAGAGCAGCAGUCUGAGUAUACGGCGCCUGAUGAUUGGAGGUAUCCGCCAGCGCAGAAUGCAUAUGCGGAAUAUGACUCUGCCAGUGCGCAUGCCGGAUACAGGAAAACAUCACACAGCUCGGCGGAAGAUCCGUAUCCCGGGCUGAGGCCGCAAAGCUACUUUUCGGCAUUUGAUGGGUACUGUAAGGGACAUGGUGCUUUACUACCCUGUGCUCGUCACUGACUAUUUAUUGGGUAGAAUAUCUGACCGCACCACAAGUUAAAGGAAGAGGCGAGUGAAGUUGGCCAUUGGGCGUGAUAGACCGUCAGUCAUUGCUUGUCGCCGUUUAGAAGUGUUGGAUGCCCAGGCGUGGUCUAUGCACUAGUUCCAAAAUGGGUUAGCGCGCUGUUGAAGGGGAAGAGCGACCUCAUCCCGUUUCGCUCGGAAAUGUCACC